GGGAGUUUUAGAUCGCUGGACAUCCGCGAUAACAUUUCUUCGUGUUCCAUGCCAGCUCUCUUCUUUUACUAAACCGGACAACUCAUAAACAUCUACUAUAUUUACUAUUUUGUCGUGCCAGAGGACGUUUUAAACACUCGCGUCAGUCUAGUGGUUUGAAAAGGGGUGUUAGUGAGUCCUAAAGAGCUGGCAAUUGGAUUACCGCCUUAUUAGACAACGACUACUGUCAACUCUCAACCGGCACGUCUCGUGCACGUUCGCUCGAGAACGUCACCUUAAUCCCGGCUCGCGCUCGUCUCUUCCAACGGUCGACUCCGGGAUAUCAUGAGCUCUUAGUACUUGAUAAAACUUUGUAGAAAUAGUCAUACAUCUUCACCUGGACAUGGACAACUACCGCCAUCAGCGAUACGAAGGCUCCAAUCAAGGGAGGGAGAAUAAAAUCCAUCGAAAGAAAGGAUUUGGAGUCGGGGUGCCAUCUCAGGGCAGUGCAAGUGGGGAUGACGGAGAAAAGAAACCUAAAUUUCACUUAAACAUCAGAACACUUACUGAUGAUGUGCUGGACAGAUUUUCCAGUAUCCGGAUCCCUGGCAGUAAAAAGGAACGGCCACCCCUCUCCCACAUGUCCAAGCAUUCCUCUUCUGGUGACUGGUCCACUUCCUCUGAAUUUGAGGAGCUUUCUUCAAAAAUCACAUCAGAGAAGGAAAUCCUUGCCCUCUUCGAAAAAAUGAUGGAGGAUAUGAAUCUUAAUGAAGAGAAGAAAGCUCCUCUCAGAGAGAAAGACUUGAGCACAAAAAGGGAGAUGGUCCUUCAGUACAUCAUCACAGCUGCAAAAACCGGUACAUUAAGGAGCAGCAGUCAGAUCUCUCCUCAGGAGUUUCUGAGUGAGCUGAAAGGAGGCGCCACCGAUGAGAGACUGUUUGCUUGUUUGGACUCCCUCAGAGUGUCACUCACCAGUAACCCAGUCAGCUGGGUACAGAGUUUUGGCCAUGAGGGGCUUGGCCUCCUGUUGGACACCCUGGAGAAGCUCCUCCUCAAAAAACACCAAGAAAAAGUGGAUAAGAAGAGUCAACACAAAGUCAUUCAGUGCCUCAAGGCCUUUAUGAACAACAAGUAUGGACUGGAGCGGAUCCUUGGAGAGGAGAAGAGUCUGGCACUGUUGGCCCAAGCCAUUGACCCUGGUCAGCCGGCCAUGAUGACAGAUGUGGUCAAACUGCUCUCUGCAAUCUGUAUCGUGGGAGAAGAAAAUACUUUGGAGAAGGUUCUUGAGGCCAUCACCACAGCAACUGAGGGAGGAGGGAUGGCCCGCUUUAACCCUAUCGUUCAAGGUCUUAGUGUUCGCUCCGUCCAAUUACAGGUGGCUUGCAUGCAGCUCAUCAAUGCCCUCGUAACGUCUCCUGAUGAGUUGGACUUCAGGCUGCACAUCCGAAAUGAAUUUAUGCGCUGCGGCCUACGAGAGAUCCUGCCGACCUUGAAUGCUGUAAAAAACGAUGCUCUGGAUAUCCAGCUGAAGGUCUUUGAGGAGCACAAGGAGGAGGACAUGAUUGAGUUCUCCCAUCGCCUGGAGGACAUCAGAAGUGAACUAGAUGAUAUUGGAGAUGUCUUUAAUGUGUUAUACUGCUCUGUGAAGGACACAAGCGCUGAGAGCCAUUUUCUUUCCAUACUACAGCACCUGCUGCUGGUCAGGAAUGACUAUUUCUCAAGGCCUCAGUAUUUUAAGAUCAUAGAGGAGUGUGUCUCUCAAAUCGUCCUCCAUCGUAGCGGCACAGAUCCUGACUUUGCCUACCGCAAGCGUCUGGAUGUGGACUUCAGCCACCUGUUAGAGGUGUGUGUAGAUAAAGCCAGGGCCGAGGAGUUUGAACAGAGGGCCUCAGAGUUAGCUCAAAAGUUUGAUGAGGAGUUUCUGGGCAGACAGGAAUCUCAAGCCCAGCUGUUGAAAAGAGAGGAGAAAAUCAAUGAGCUGGAAGCUGAACUUCAGGCUUAUAGAAACCAGUUCGGAGCCGUUCCUGUGAUUUUACCUUCAGUGCAGUCUGUCCCGGCCUCUUCCGUAUGUCCUCCUGCCCCACCUCCUCCUCCACCUGUUCCUGGAGUUCCAUGUCCGCCACCCCCUCCACCUCCGCCUCCUCCACCGGGCUGUGCCUCCAUGCCCGGGAUGCCACCACCACCUCCUCCUCUUUUGGGACUAGGCGGACUGACAUCCUCUUCAAUCCAACACACGCUGCCUUUUGGCCUAAAACCAAAGAAGGAAUUCAAGCCAGAAGCUUCCAUGAAGCGCCUCAACUGGUCCAAGAUCUCACCCCAGGAGAUGUCUGAAAGCUGUUUUUGGGUCGUCGCUAAAGAAGAGCGUUACGAGAAUGAGGACCUGCUGACCAGGCUUGCCAUUACCUUUGGCACACAGAGAGCUGAAGCCAAAGGUCGACGAGAAGAGGAGGAACUAGAGGAGAAGAAAUCCAUCAAAAAGAGAGUCAAAGAGCUGAAAGUAUUGGACCCGAAGAUAGCACAGAACCUCUCUAUUUUCCUGGGGUCGUUCCGUAUGCCCUAUGAGGAGAUCAGGAGAAUGAUUUUAGAUGUGGACGAGGAUCAGCUGACUGAGCCUAUGAUCCAGAAUCUUGUGAAGUACCUGCCUGAGCAGGAGCAGCUAAACGCACUGGUCAAGUACAAGAGCGAAUUUGCCAACCUUUCUGAACCAGAGCAGUUUGGAGUAGUGAUGAGCAGUGUGAAGCGUCUGAGGCCCAGGCUCAACUCCAUCCUAUUUAAGCUGCAGUUUGAAGAACAAGUGGGUAACUUGCGUCCGGAAAUUAUGGCGGUGAACGCAGCCUGCGAUGAGGUGAAGAAGAGCAAAGCCUUCAGCAGACUGCUGGAACUCAUUCUGCUCAUGGGGAACUUCAUGAACGCCGGCUCGCGGAACGCCCAGUCCUUCGGCUUUAACCUCAGCUCUCUCUGCAAGCUGAAGGACACUAAAUCGGCUGAUCAAAAGUCCACACUACUUCACUUCCUGGCAGAGGUCUGUGAGGAGAAACACCCUGAAGUAAUGAAGUUUGUGGAGGAUCUACAGCAUGUGGACCAGGCCAGUCGAGUAUCAGCAGAAAACCUUGAGAAGAGCCUGAGACAGAUGGAGAAACACCUGCUGCAGUUGGAGAAGGAUCUGGAUGCUUUCAGCUCUACAGACGACCAGCAGGACCUGUUCCUCAGCAAGAUGGCAAGUUUCUCUACGCAGGCGAGAGAUCAGUACCAGAAGCUGGUGAUCAUGCACAGUAAUAUGGUGACCCUUUACCUCAACAUGCUGGAGUAUUUCACCAUCGACCCCAAGAAGACCUCUGUGGAGGAACUCUUCACUGACCUCAGCAACUUCAGAGCCAUGUUCAUGCAAGCAGUGAAGGAGAACGCAAGGAGAAGAGAGGCGGAGGAGAAGCAGAGGAAAGCAAGGAUAGCCAAAGAGAAGGCGGAACGAGAGAAGCAGGAGCGGCAGAUGAAGAAGAAGAGACUGCUGGAGGUCAACACAGAGAACGAUGAGACCGGUGUGAUGGAUUGUCUGCUGGAGGCGCUGCAGUCUGGAGCUGCUUUCAGAGACCGCAGGAAAAGAGCACCCAGACCCCGAGAUGAACCGACACAAGUGCUAAAUCCGAGUCCACAAAGACCUGUUCUGAGAGCCUGCAACCACGAAAACACGAAGGCACCUCUGCAAAGGUCACGGUCGCGGCAGAAUAUCAAUUUCAACUCGACACGAGCACCCACUGCCAAGGAGCCUCAUUACGAGAGCGAACCCCAUCCGUCUGCAGCCCACAGGCCGACCCUCCGGCCCGAGAGGGAGAAGGAAAAAGAGCAAACUCCGACGCUCUGCUCAUCCAACGGUGACACGGACGUGGAGGCCUUGCUCGCCCGCCUGCGUGCCCUGUGAUGACAUCACCGCCUCUCGGGUUUGACCUCUGUAGUCACUUCGGUGACACAGACACAAAAAAGAAACACAAAGCUCGCAGUCACCUUUCGCUAAUAAAUGCCGGCGGUCUGUGCACAUACGCACAUAGGAAAAGUCUUAACAAUUAACCUUUCCCAUCCGUCUCCUCUGCCCUUUUACCUCCGACAACAGACUUGUUGUCCACAGAAGUGUGAGUCAUUGUGCUGGUCGGGUCCAGGAUGAAAAACCCGUCGCUGUUUUGUAUUAAGCAGCUAAUUACCGGUUGCUUUAGAGUGACCUUUGGGCCAAGCACUUGUCUUUUUUUAUAUCAUAAACAGACCAAUUAUUACUCUUUAAAAGGCUUCGCGCUGCUCUUUAAGGCACUCUCAUACAUGCACGCUUUCACAUACACAGACA